AUGACCCAGGAAGAUUUUGCUGAAGCGUAUAAACAGUUGAAUGAGGCUGAACUUCAAGCAUCCAAACUAGAAAAGAUGUUAGAUAACUUGGAUGCCAAAAUGGAUGAGAUACUAAAGGAGGCCGAAGAUAUCACCAAACCGAGUGCUGAAACCUCAGAGGAAGUUUCCCAAACCCCCCACAAGAAAGAUUAG